AUGUCGCCAGGAAUUCUUCAUGCAAAUCUUGCAUGCAUCGAGUCAUUGCUUCGAGUCCCAAACACUGUCAACGUACAUAAAAAAAAAUGGCACACUGCUUUUGUUGUAAUUUAUUGUUCCAGAGCCCUGUUGUCAAUUUACCAAAAUUCCAUAACCAAAAAGGGCAAAAUCGAAAUUCCUCUCUCUACUUCCUACACCGCCAUCCAUGUCAAACCAGAAAUCGAGUCAUUCGCAAUCGAUCAAGCGAGCCUGGUUCAACUUGUUAAGGACAAGAAUCUCGAUCAGCUUCAACAAUUGGGAGGGAUUGAUGGUAUAGUUUCAGCUCUCAAAACUGGUGCAGAACAAGGAAUUUCGAAUGAUGAUGGAGAAAUUGCCAGCAGACGUGAAGUUUUUGGUUCAAACACUUACAGAAAACCACCUACCAAAGGUUUUCUGUAUCAUGUUUGGGAAGCUUUUCAAGACCUUACGAUUAUCAUCCUCAUGGUAUGUGCUGCACUUUCUCUUGGUUUUGGUAUGAAGGUUCAUGGAGCCAAAGAAGGCUGGAUCGAUGGGUUAAGCAUACUCGUAGCCAUUUUCCUUGUUAUUGCAGUCUCUGCUAUUUGCAAUUUCAGACAAAACAAACAGUUUGACAAAUUGUCAAUAGUAAGCAAUGAUAUCCAAAUUGAUGUCUUGAGAGGUGGUCGGAGACAAAAGAUUUCAAUAUUCGAAAUCUUAGUCGGUGAUGUGAUUUGUUUAAAAAUUGGAGACCAGGUUCCAGCAGAUGGUUUAUUCCUACAAGGUCAUUCUCUUCAAAUAGAUGAAUCUAGCAUGACAGGGGAGAGUGACCAUGUUGAAAUUAAUCAUGGCCAUAAUCCUUUCUUGUUUUCUGGAACUAAAGUGGUCGAUGGCUUUGGCCGAAUGGUCGUCACUGCAGUCGGAAUGAACACAGCAUGGGGAGAAAUGAUGAGCCAACUCACUCGCUAUUCAAACGAGCAAACUCCAUUGCAAGCUCGGCUCAACAAGCUCACAUCUUCAAUUAGUAAGGUUGGUGUGACAGUUGCUUUCAUUGUUCUUGUUGUCUUGUUUGUUAGAUACUUCACAGGGACAACAAAAGAUGAGAAUGGAAAUCAAGAAUUCAUUAAGGGAAAGACCAAGUUCGACGACAUUUUGAAUUCUUCAGUGGAAUUUAUAGCAGCUGCUGUCACCAUUGUUGUGGUUGCUAUACCAGAAGGCUUGCCAUUAGCAGUGACAUUAACUCUUGCUUAUUCAAUGAAAAGAAUGAUGGCAGAUAAAGCAAUGGUACAUUAA